UGACCAAAACAGAUCCCGUGGCCCAGUUCGAAUACUUUCAACAUACAUCCUUCCUUUUUUGGUUUAUAUAUCUAUGAUCUAAAUUCAACAAAACGGGAUUGUGUAACCAGGGGCUCCAUAUAGCGUCCACCUCUCCUGUCACGUCAGAUCAAUGAUUACUUAAAGGAAAGGAAGAAAAUAAGGAUGUAUUGAAAUUAUUUGGCCGGUGCCUCGAUCUCGCCGCUGCGCAGUGCAGAUAUUACCCGGAGGGCUGAACCGUAGAAUCUUCCGCUAUGAAAUCACAACCUCAACUAACAACACGACGUUACCAUGCGUUUCUCUGUCUACUCAUCAAACGGGCCAACAGGUGAGUCUGGCGCUGACAUGUUGGUGACAUGUGUGCUUUCCCUGCUCCUGCUCGUGCACAAGUGUGUUUCUGCGCCACAGGUGCCCGGUGACGAAAGAGUAGAGUCAGCAGGAGCCCCUCCCCCUCUCACACUGGCCAAUCCCUUCGGCUCUGGAGACGAGGAGCGCAGGCUGCUGCAGAGCUACAUCAAGGCCAACCUGAAGGAGGGACAGGGAGGACCAGAUAGCACCUGGGAACAAGAGGUGUUUUUCCUGUUCAAUCUCCAUGACUACGACCGCAGCGGUGACAUGGAUGGCCUGGAGAUGAUGAAGCUGCUCUCUGAAUACAACUCCCACAAUACACCUGGGGAACAGUCAGCAGAGCCGGUGAGGUGUGAGGUGGUGGAAAUGGUAGACUUUCUCCUGCAGACUCAGGAUCUCAACAUGGACGGUCUAAUAGCUCCCUCUGAGCUACUCUCUCCCCCCAAACUACAACAACCAGACUCCAACACCCAGGGUGCACCUGAACAGGGAAGGAGUGUGGCCCAGGAGCAGGUAGAGGUCCAAAUGGAAGUCAAAGUUGAGGAACCAAAACAAGACAAGGCAGCACAGAAAGAGGAGAAGAAAGCAGAGGAACAGCCCAAGGAAGAAGAGUCAAAGCCAGGAGAUGAGGGACAGGAAGUUAAGACAGAUGAACAUUCUAUACAGGAAGAGAUUAAACAGGCAGAGGAGAAAGGACCGCAUAUCCCAGAGGCCCCUGCUGCUGAUCAUGUGCAAAAUAGGCCUGCUCCUGUACAUCAGGGGCAGCCUGAAAUGUAAACAAACACACACAAUAAUAAUAUGCAAACAGCACUCCAACACAACUACAAUACUUCCAUCCAGACCGAGAGGGGUCAGCCAAUAGCAGGAGCCCGUUGAGUGACAGGAAGCAGAGUUAGCAAAUCACAUCCCCUCAUCUACCUUGGGGGUAGGGGCUUAUUUGUUUCACAUUGAGGGAUUUGUAAACUAAGAGAUAUCAGCCAUAUUGUUUUCAAGCUGCUGUUAUAUUUCAACACAUUGCCCUUCUGAACAAGAUCGAGUGAGAAUAUAAUUCAGCAUUAAAUAUGUUGUAUUGUGCCAAAAGAUACUAUGCCUUACACUGCUAAAUAGUACAGUUUGACCUUCAGUUUUCAUUGAUUUUGCAGUAACUAGUUGCUUUUUCUGUUGAAGAAGCCAUAUAAUAUUGGAAUGGACAAUCUGAAGAAAAGUUAAGGAAUUGACUGCAUUUACGAACGUGUCAAAUGCAUUGCCUUCCCCCUCCUGUGCAAUAUAAAAUAUAAAUUGUGUACUCCCCUCAUUGAUGCAAAAGGAAUGGGUUAGUUUAAGAAAUUCAGUGGAAAAUCCCUCUAGCUCAUGGAAUUGGGUUCUCUACUUGUCACAGCAGUUGUUGAGACUAGAUUCUUCCUUCUCAUUAUUAGACAGGCGUUUUUCCUGGUCAGGUCAAAACCCCCAGGCCCUUUUCACUUAUGCUACCAAUAAACUAAAGUGCCGUCUGUUGAUUUGUACAAAUAAUAUUUUUUGCGUCGCUGCACAGCUGCCUGCUCAGCCACAGUAACACUAGAGCCCAAUUCAGUCUCCACCUUCUCCUAGAAGUGUGCACUUGUUCCUUUAAAAUACAUGAGGGGAGUAAACAAAUAUACACUGGUGAGAAGUGUAAUCUGAAGUGUAAUUUGAUUUCAUGUAAUCGAACACAAUGAUUUAGGAACAUGGGAUGAAUUUAAUAAAACAAAUGAAUAUUUGGUUUGCUGUAAAUUUCCUGAAUUGGAAGGUUUGUAUAUUUAUAUGACACAAAUAAAGCCAACAUGACUAUGCCACCUUUA